GUCCUUAGCAUGAGAUCUAUUUCCCGUUUAGCUCGACUACAAUCCAGAUCCUCCUACCUUACUGUUCCCUCUCCUGUUGAAAACAGGAUCUGUUACCAAGAAAACAGACUAUGUUCCCUACAAAACACGACGGUAUCACGUCCGCCUUAUCGUUCAUUUGUAUCUGGGUUUUCUGGAAGUACGUCUAUUCCGGAAGAUGAACAGAAGUCUGUUAGAGUGGCAAUCAUAGGGUCACCAAAUGUAGGAAAGUCAACACUGCUGAACUCCCUGAUGCAGCAGUACAUUUCCCCUGUCUCCAAACUCCGUAACACCACCAUGGGGGAAGUACUCGGUGUUAUCACCCAGGACGAUACUCAGGUCGUCUUCGUCGAUACACCAGGUCUACUACCGGGUGAGUUCAAAACACGACACCAGAAGCCGUUAAUGAAGGAGUACUACCACAAAUCACUGACAACAAUACAGGACUCCUUACUAGAGGCUGACGUGGCUCUCUUCAUGUUUGAUUGCUCCUUGUCCCUCUACAGACUGUUCAUCACGGCGGAUUUAGAGGAUGUUAUUGAGAGCAUUCCUGAUAUUCCUAAAAUACUGGUACUCAACAAGAUCGACAAAGCGCGAGAAGGAGAGAAGAUUGAUUGCAUAGUGGAACAGCUCACAACCCCCAGACCCCCCUUUCUUGUUCCCGAAAUAGCUAUGAGAUCUGAUAUCAACCCUUCCCUUCUUGGAUUACAAUACGAGGAUGAUUUCAGAGAUGGCAGAGAAUUUGAUGAGAUAGUGACACUGAGUGCUCUACAAGGUACACAUGUCAACUACAUAUGGUACACAAUAAGACAGCUGGCCGUGCACCGUCCCUGGCAGUACGGUCCCGAUGUUGUCUCUCCUGAUGAUAUUGAGAGUGUUGUAACCACUAUCGUCCGGGCUGAGAUUUUGAAGAAGGCAGGCUAUCAUCUAGCGUACGAUUUGGAUCACAAGUUUAUCGGGUACAAAGAAGAAGCAGAUAAGCUGACCAUCGAAUUCGCCAUUUUCAGAAAGCAGCCAGUCUUUAAGACACAAGAAAACAAAGAAGAAUCCAUAAAGUACAUCCAGGAAUUGCUUAGCACCAGAUUUGGAUGUCCGGUUGACUUUCGGCUCAUUGAUAGAAGGGUUUCGCAACAAAAAUCUCAGCUUUUAGAUAUAAUAGACAUGUCACAAGAACCUGAUAUUGAAGUUUUUGAGGAGUGAUUUUUGCGUUUUUUGAAAACUGCUUUUUUAAUGAUUUUUAAUGGAACCUGCUCGAUUUUGAUCCAGUUUUGCGAGAGUCCACUAACUACGAAAAACUUUUUGAAAUGUGUAAAUAUAUUGUUGUGUUCAUGUUAUGUAUGUUGAUUGAAUGAUGAAAUUCGAAAGUAUACUUAUCUGCGAC